CUGAAACUUCAACCUGAUUACCUUUCCUUGACCCUUGUCAUCAUCUUUCAUCAUGUCUUCUCUGCUGCUGCUUCUUCUUCUAAGUCUGUCUAUGCAUGCAUGUAACGCUCGCCAUCUUGGUGUUAUUGGUAAGGAGAACAGAGAAGUCCACCUCCUCAGCAAGGGUUGGGUGCAGGUUGUAGAGGAGGCUGAUCAAGUUCAUAAGAUUUCUCUUCCUCCAAGGCUGAGACCCUCCAUGGAGACAGCUGAGAAACUCCAUCCACAACAAAUACUGCCGGUGGGAAGUGACAAAAGAAAUCCCCAAGAGAAUUGGGGUGGUGUAAAGAAUAUGAUUGAAAUAGGUUCAGAGGCUCUUUCUAAAGAAGAGGAAGACAGCAAAAGAACAACUUCAGUGCUGGAACAUGCAGGAAGUAAGAUUAUAGUUUUAUCUUCUCAUGAGGAUUUGCAACAGGCAACAAAAGCAACAAAAAUAGAGGGAUGGAAGAGGCAUUCUCGGUUGAUGCUGGGAUCUGCACCACAUGAUGUUGAGGAAACUGUAGAUUCCAAGGAAGGUGACAUUGUCGAAGAUAUAGUAGUCAUGGAUUACGCACAACCCCACAGGAAACCCCCCAUUCACAACAAGGAUCCCUAGAUGAUCAAUCUUUUUAUACGCAGCUAAAUGGACAAGCUCAUGUAUUUUAAUUUCUCCCUUUUUUGAGACUUAUGUUUCAAGAAGAGGCUUUUGAUAAUGCAAGAUAAGACUCACUCGUCGAGGGCAUUUAGUCAUGAUCAUGAGAAGAAUUAGUAUGACAGAAAUUAAUGGCCUUGACAAAGGAGUCUUCUCUUGAUCCUCAAAAACCCUAGACAAAAUAUCAUCGUCCUUUUUUAAUUAGCUAGCUGGUGAGAUUGAUGUCAGGAAGAUGGAUGGGGUCCCUUAAAUUUGUAUGCAUGUAUUUUUUAAAAUGAUAUCUUUGAAUCAAAGAAGAAACAUGUGUGUCCAUGGCUGUAAAUGAGUUAGUU